UACAAAUAUGGUCAUAGUUAGUCACUGGUAAAAUACAGUGCGCAGACUUACAUUAAUGGACAAAGUCAACAAUUAGCCGUCAAAGUUUGUGAAAUUACAGAGUUUAUUUAUUUCAUGGUUUCGUGCUGGAUUGAUUAAGUCAUGAUGGCUAACGCAGAACAUGCGGAGUUGAAGUCUUUACUAUCCGAAGAAAAUGAAGCAUCCCAGUCUCUGACAGAAUUAGAAACGAAUACACAGACUCUUGACGUGCUCUUGUUUACAGAAGUCAAUGCAAUGGCGCCCUCGUUCGGCGAUGAGAAGUGUUUCUUAGUUGAAGGUGCAGAAGGCACAGAAACUCAGAAUAAGAGAAUAAUGGAUGAAAAAAUCUGCCCCAUUGAAAGACAACUUGAGUACUUGCUGAACAAGGCGGAUGAGUUUCAAACACAGCUUUUAUGGAGCCGAGAGUGCCUCCAGAAUUAUGGGUUUGCCCAUAUUGUCCCCAUGUUUUUGCAAACUUGUCAGCCGUACUUCACUUACCUGGAGUCCACAGCCAGAAACUCCAACCCCUUCCGUCCACCUCUGUCCACAUAUAUACGCACACAACUUUUGCAGUUUUCUCAGCAACUGUGUUCCCGUCUGGAGCAGCUGGUGUUGCUGUACGCCUCCUUCAGUUUCUUCUCAUUAGAGGAAUCUGAUCCACUGAGUAUCUCUCACUUCUACAUUGGCCAGUGUCAAAUAGACAACAUGAAGCUGUCAAUCUUCCGGUACUGUUGCCCUACCCCCUUUCUUGCGUCAGCCAGUACCGGUCUAUACAAACGUAUGCGCUGGAAUGUGGAGCGACAGAUAGAGGGAGAAGGAGAAGGACAGACAUAUGACAGUGCAGAGUUUUACUUCCUGUGCUGCGAGGAUGUCAUUGAGGCAGCAGAUGAUAAGGAUGGAGAAGGAAGGUGCGAGGGAGAAAAUACAGAAACUGAGAGAGAGAGUAAAGUAGAGAGGAUUUGGUCUAUUGGCCGGUGGAUUCAGACAUACCCUGAUCCAGACACAGAGGACAUCACUGAUUGGGUGCUGUGUUCAGUUCCUUGUGGUCAGUACAAACAGCGGUUGUGUCUGGGAAGUGAGGAGCCUUCAUCCUGCACUGCCACAGACUGCCUGCUGGGGAUGCUGCUGUCUCAGGAAACAGAUGGUACAUUUGGCAUGAAAACAUGAGGUGGUGCUUACUUAGGGCCUCACCCAUUCUGGAUAGAGCAUUUGGUUUAUUCAAAUCAGAUGUGAGUACAGAUUGAAGUUAAAAAUCUAAGGUCUGUAAAUGUUUGCAAUUUUUAAAAUGUUUAAAAAUAACUAAAAAAAUGUUUAGUUCAUGGCUGUUAUUGUUGUGCCAUGUUGGUUUGUUAUGUGGUAAAUUUACACUAGUGAUGGAAAGUUCGUUAAACGGAGUAAAAGUUCAAGAUUAAAUGUCAAACCAACUUUAUUUUUCAUGAAAACAUUCCAAUACAGUGGCUAUCCAAGUAGUCUGUUACAAAAUCCAGAAAUAAAACCUGCUGGCAGUCAAGGUCAUCUGCCUACUUUUCUCUAUAAAACAAAGAAAUAUAACAAUCCUUCCUUUCAAAAUAAUAAAUUACAAAAAUAUACACAAUAAAAGCUGGAAUAUGUACCACACAACAGUUAUGUCUUUGCACAGUUGUUGGAAAACAUGGUAAAGAUCAGUGGAAAGGGCAGAGCAUUAUGAAUAACGUUGUUGUAUUCCUCCAUAUGCUUUAUUGUAAAUCAGCCCAGUCAAAGCUAUUCUCAGUGCAUUUUUUACUGCUGGUUUGUGUGUCUAUACAGUAGCUUACCCUGUAUGGUAUUUGUAUCUGUGGUAUAUCAAGUUAUACAGCAGUAGUUAAGCCAAAAUACAGUGAAAGUCAGAAUCUACCUGGAAUCCCUGUGUUCCCUGAUUAUAAUGUAAAGCGGUUCCUUUGAUAUAUUCUAAAAAAAAAAAAGUUUGAUUUUAAUAAAAGCUCCUACAUUUACAGUCUCUAAACUACUUCACAGCACUAGACAAAUAGGCAGUACAACAGUACAGUACAAAUGAAAUUAAAACAGUAAUCUCUCUUCAUAAUACAGUAAACAGACUAUCACUGUCCCUUUAAAAUAAUAUACAUGCACCAUCACAUAUGACAAAAUGGAUAAUAGGGGCUCCAAUAAUCAAAUUGUGCUUUAACGUUCCACUGGGCCACGGUCAAUCAAGUCAUUCAGUCAGAUAUGUGAAAAACAAAACUCCUCACCAGACAUCAAUGUCUAUAUAACAUUAUUGUUAUAAGUAUUAUAAGUUAAAUUUAGGUGAACAUGUUAGGCCUGCUUAUAAUGUGACCUACUGAAUUCGAAUUUCUUUAGAAUAUUCUGUGUUCCAAUAAUUCAGAUUUUUUUUUUUGUGGUGGCAAAGAAAUACAUAGGAGACAGAACAAUGCAGAGUAC